UUCAGUCCAAAAUGGCUUACCAAACCCUACAGCAGGAAUAUUUACAGAUUCCUGUUGUGACUAGGGCUUAUACCACAGCCUGUGUCCUCACUACAGCAGCGGUGCAAUUAGAGAUCAUUACACCCUUUCAGUUAUACUUCAAUCCAGAUUUGAUUUUAAGGAAUUAUCAAGUAUGGCGACUAAUAACCAACUUCCUCUUUUUCGGUCCUGUUGGCUUCAAUUUUCUAUUCAACAUGAUAUUUUUAUACAGAUAUUGUCGAAUGCUCGAAGAAGGAUCUUUCAGGGGGCGGACCGCUGACUUCGUCUUUAUGUUCCUUUUUGGUGGCCUACUGAUGACUAUCUUUGGCACAUUUGUGAGCUUGGUUUUCCUGGGCCAAGCCUUUACUAUUAUGCUGGUUUAUGUGUGGAGCAGAAGAAACCCUAAUGUUCGCAUGAAUUUCUUUGGCCUGCUGAAUUUCCAGGCUCCUUUUCUGCCCUGGGUUUUGAUGGGAUUUUCACUUCUGCUGGGGAACUCAAUUAUUGUGGAUCUUUUAGGUAUUGCUGUUGGACAUGUGUACUUUUUCCUGGAAGAUGUUUUUCCAAACCAGCCUGGAGGUGGACGUUUGCUUAAGACACCAUCUAUCAUAAAGAUGCUUUUUGACACUCCUGAGGAAGAUGCCAACUAUAAUCCUCUGCCUGAAGAGCGUCCUGGAGGAUUUGCCUGGGGAGAAGGACAGCGACUUGGAGGCUAACAGGCCUCUGUGCCAUCCCUGGUUUUAGGGGCACUGCGGACAUUCCCUCAAGAUGAAGGGACGAACAUGGUCUUAUGACAUGUUUGUGAAGUUCUGGACUAUGAAUGCCAAACCAACCAGAACUUAUUUGGGAGUAACCGUCUGUUGUUUUUGUAAAUGGGCCCAAAAUCAUCCCGAGAAACUCUUCUUGAAGCCAGAUUGAUGCUCCAUGAAUAUUAGAAAGAAUGCAAGCUUCUCUGAACUGUGAAUGGUGACUCUUUAGCUUGGUGAUGUUUGGUCUUCAUCAAAAGUGUUGAUGAAAAAAACGAAGGAUGGCAGCAACUAAAAUAAUUCAGGAUUACUUGUCCUGUUCAUAUGGCAAAGUGCUUUUUUUUUUCCAUUUCACUUUUAUAAAUAAUAAAUCUCUGUGGCAAGUGAA